CUAACUGGGGUCAGAAAACACGAAACGCUGGAAGAUAAGAACCAUAAACUGUUGGAACCUGAACUGACUCAACGAAGUGACGGAAAAGAAGUGAAUCUGAAGGUCUUAAAACCCUGGAGUGAGUGAGGAAUUAACCAGAACAGAUUGAACUCAAAAGAGCUUUCGGAUCACGUGACGACCAAAGCCACAAACGAGAAUCAAAUCUGAUGAAACUAAAGAAAAUCCAGACAGCGUCAACAGAAAAGCUGGUCAAGUGAGGAAGAAAUCCCAGCAGAAGUCGAGUCGUUCCUCCGGUUUCUCUUCAGGCGCCGUGUGGACCAUUUCAGCUCCAGAAACUGAUCAUCUAUCUUCAAUUACAAUAGAAGUCAUGAUUCUGCUGGAUGUGAAACUCUAUGCGGUCUUACUGCUGCUGCUCGCUCGGCACAGCAGCAGCUCCGCGGUGAGUCUGAAGGAGGAUUUGGCCGACUGUCUGAAGGACGCGGACUACGACGUGCUGCUGCAGACAGUUCAGGAGGGCCUUCCAAACAUCACCACUCCUCAUCAUGUGGUCAUCGUUGGAGCUGGCAUGGCUGGACUGACGGCGGCCAUGCUGCUGGAGGAUGCAGGACACCAGGUUACCAUUUUAGAGGCCAGUAAUCGUAUUGGAGGGCGGGUGGAAACCCACAGGAACAAAGAUGAAGGCUGGUACGCUGAACUCGGAGCCAUGAGGAUCCCUAGUUUUCACCGCAUUGUGCUCUGGGUUGCCGCAAAGUUGCGUGUGAAGAUGAAUACCUUUGUCAUGGAUGACCCCAACACCUACUACUUGGUGAACGGAAUAAAGAAAAGAACGUAUGCAGUUAAAAACAAUCCCGGUCUCCUCGGGUACAAGGUGGAGCCCAGCGAGAUGGGGAUGUCGGCGGAUGAAUUGCUGCAGCUGGCUCUGCAAAAGGUAAAAACAGAUGUACAAACCGAAGGGUGCAAGGCUGCAUUCAAGAAAUAUGACCAUUACUCUGUGAAGGAGUAUCUGAAAGAAGUUGGAGGUCUGAGUUUAGAGGCCAUUAGAAUGAUUGGGGAUCUUCUCAAUGAGCAGAGCCUCAUGCACACGGCGCUGACAGAAAUGAUCUAUGACCAAACGGACAUCAAUGACAACAGCACGUACUAUGAGGUGACUGGUGGGUCAGAUCUUCUUCCCAAUGCUUUUCUUAACAUUCUUCAUUCAACUCUUCUACUAAACUCGAAAGUUGUCCACAUAAGUCAGUCAGACAGAGGUGUGAAUGUCACAUAUCAAACAUCAGACGAGUCCCGGAACAUUCAGGCUGACAUGGUCCUGGUCACGACUACCACCAAAGCUGCUCUUUUCAUGGACUUUGAUCCUCCUCUGUCCGCCCCAAAGAUGGUGGCGAUGAAGGCGGUCCACUAUGACAGCUCUACCAAAGUCCUUCUCACCUUCAGCGAGAAGUUUUGGGAAUCUGAUGGGAUCCGUGGAGGGAAGAGCAUCACUGACCGUCCUUCUCGCUUUAUCUACUAUCCCAGUCACAGCUUCCCCAAAAACCAGACGAUUGGAGUCCUGCUGGCCUCCUACACCUGGUCUGAUGACUCCCUCCUGUUUCUGGGGGCCAGCGACGAAGACCUCAAAGAGCUGGCUCUGAGAGAUUUGGCACAGAUCCACGGCGAGUGGGUCCGGUCGCUGUGUACCGGUGUGAUUGUGAAGAGGUGGAGCAAGGACCCCUACAGCAAGGGGGCUUUUGCUCUGCUCACUCCCUACCAGCACAUCGAGUACUCCGAAGAGCUGUUCAGGAACGAAGGCAGGAUCCACUUUGCAGGGGAACACACCGCCUUCUCUCACGCCUGGAUAGAGACGGCCAUGAAAUCUGCAAUCAGGGCAGCUGUGAACAUCAACAACGCAGUUCUGCAGGGAUCAGACCAGAACCAGGGAUUGGGUUUUUCAGAAGUACAAUGCAGUUUGAAUGUUGGAAAUUAAAUUAAAGCUUUUAAUAAAUGUGAUGUGACACUGAUUUAUGCAAAAUGUUCAAUAAAACUUUGUUGGUGCUGUAAGAACAGGUUUUGUGAUUUUUGGGAGGGUUCAGGAGAUCAAACUCUUUGGUGCAACAAAGGUUGAGGAAAUUUUGUACCCAAGAAUAAACAUUUCACCUGAUAGUCGGAGCCUUUAUGGUAAGAAUAUCUGAGCUAUUUUCUUUAAAUGACUACAUGCUGUAUUGAAAUAAAGAAAGUAAAUUGAUCUUUAUAAUACGGCUACACCAUGUUAAAAAUGUGUGGAUCAAAUUUAAGAUGUAGUACGUUAGUACUAAACACUAGUAAUAGAAUAUUUCUGAAAAUAACAUUGUUGUGAACAAAAACUUUCCAAAUAAUCCAACAUAUCAUACUUGAUGCUUUCUAAAAAAGUUGCACUAUCACUUUUGGCGAGUCAUUUUUACCCGAUAUAAUAUACACAAUAAAAAGUAUUUCUCAUAAAAAUAUAGAUCAAAAUAAGACAACACAUAAUAAAAUACAGUUGAUUUAGUUUAUUUUCAGUUGUGGUUUGUGUAAGAAAAU